AUAUAUUUUUUUAAAUCUAUAGUCUUCGUUAUGACUACAAACAAAUUUUCCAAAUUAAGAUUUUAAGAUAACGAAAAUAACAAGAAAAGAUAACUUUAUUAAUAAUAGUUUUUUUUAAGAACUCAAAAAUCUAAAACCAUAACCAAAAAUGCCACGAACUUGCAGUCUUGUGAUUUCUGAAGAGUCCCGGAAAUCCCUCCUCGAUUGGCUGUUUUGCGCAGAGUUGUCAAGUAUCACACAGACACUCACGCAUUCGCGUUUCAGUUGCCCGUUGCCGCGGCACUAUCAAAUCAGCACUAUUCGGUGAAACGCCACGCGAGUAAGAGUGCUGGUGAUUAAUUAAUCAUUUGAACAAUGCCCGGAAUGACAACGCCUGUUAAAGCAAAGAAAUCUCCCAAAAAUUCCAAAAACCCGGAAAGAAUAUCCGGAAUUCACAAUGGCAUUCGUGGAACCGAAUACCAACUGUGUGUGACGAUGUACAUUUUGCUGCGAGCCUAUAACAGCUACUCUGAACGUAGGCAAGAUUUCAGGCUUCGGAUGGAACCUACGGAUCCGAUAGUUGGCGAAUUUGACGAUAUUUGGCUCGAGAUGAAUGGUGAACAGAUUUUGAUACAGGUUAAGCAUUGCUCAGACGGUAGCAAUCUGACGGCGGGUAUGCUUCUACCGAAUAAUCGGAGCUCUAAUGAAGCAUUUUCCCUGUACAAAUAUUAUGAUUCUUUUGAAGAGUGCCGAAAGAUGCAAAUAGCUCGGUACAGGACAGCUGAAAAAUGGACCUACGUGUUUUUGACCAACAGACCGUUGCAAGUUAAAGCGAGAAUUUUUUUUGAAAGGUGUUCAAAUCAGUCUUUACUUGAAAGUAUCUUAGAAACCGGUGAAUUCUUAAAGAUCUGGAAUGACAAAAAAAACGAAAGUAUUAAGAAGCUAAAUCCAUCUGGUGAUUUUUGCGAUAAUUUCAUGCUUUCUGUGGCGCAUCUGAAUCUUAAUAAUUUGUGCAAGAAGAUUGAAGCAGAAAUUAGGAAAACCAAGCAAAUGGACUCUAAACUUGGGAUCAAAUUUCUAAGAGAAGAGCUUUUUGAUUGGGUUUGUGUUAAGGAAAAUCGAAAACACAAAUAUAUUAAUCGAGAAUGGGUUGAAUCAAUGUUUCAAAAGUUUCACACUGAGCACGCAAAAAAUCACUGGAAGGCAUACGAAAACCCAGUUCUCUCAACUAUAAAGGAAUCACUGCAAGAGUUUUUGUAUCGGGAUAACCAGAUAGGAGCAAUAGACGAAACUGCUAAACUUUUGUACGAACAAAUAAAAUACAUUCUUACAACAGGCCAAAUAGAAAGUAAGCAGGAAUGUGAUGGAAGUAAUGUAACAGCAACAGAUAGAGAAGAUGAUGUUGAAAAUAAGGUUUUUGAACAAGCUGAGGAUAACAAUCAAUACCAGAGCUAUUCAGAAGAAGCAUCACCAAACAAACAAAUAUUUACGUUGCGACAAAUUCUACAAAUAAGUCGAGAAUUUCAGGAAAAAGAUACACAUCAUUUAUUCGUCUUUUUCAAAAAUGAUUACGAAACAGCGAAGCUUAAAGAACUAAUGGACCUAUUAGACAAGAAUGGUUUCUCAACCAAAACUCUUGGGAAACACGACUCAUCUGUCAUGUUAAAUUUGGCAGUAAAAUGUGUUCUGAAACGAGCGGGACUCAAGAUGGAGGGCACAGUUUUUGAAAAUUCUCGGUUGGUUCUCUGCCACGACAACGAAGUGGACAUAAUCGGAAAAACGAUCCAAGAUGUUGAAAUUCAGUACGUUAGACUCAAGGAUGAAGCCGGGAAAGUUGGUCUGAUUCUUGAUACAUCGAAAACGAAGUACAUGUUAGCUAAUGGGAAACUACCGCAAAGUGGCUCGGUGACCAUAGCGAGUGAUAAAAUCGAAAUGGUGAAAGAGGUCGAAUUCCUCGGAUCAUUAGUGACUUGGGACAACAGCUGCAACAUAGAAAUCGAGAGAUGUAUUAAAAUCGGAAAACGCACUUUCGAAGAUCACGAGAAGAUGCUAAAAUCAGAGCAAGAUAUUCUCAAGAAAUGGAGAAUAUACGACGAGCAAAUACGAUCCAGAGUCCUUGAAGGGUGUGAGACGUGGACUGUGCUUGCCAGUAGAGAAGUCAUGCUCGUCAAGUUUGAAGACGAUAUGCUAAGAGCAAUAUUCAACGGUGCGAAGCAACCAGACAUUUGCAGACCUAUCAUGUGUGUUGUAAAUGCUAGACAAGUACGGUGGGCGGUACAGGUCGCUGGGAUGUGGAACAAUGAACCCGCAAAAAGAGUGGUCAUCGAAGCAAGCUUUCCUGUCGUGAACAAUAGAAGACGUACGGGUAAACCUAAAACGCGUUGGUUUGAGGCGAUCAACGGUCGUGAAAAAGGGCAAGAUCUACGCGACGCUUGGGAACUAGCCGUAAAGCAGCUCAAAUCUGGAAACCCACGAGUUACCAAAACGGAAGGCAAACAUUUUGGAAUUAUGUCCUGAUGCCUAAAGAGUAAAAACGGUCUUUAAGAGGAAAUCAAUAGCAAACGAUUAAAACAUAUUUUCCCACAGGGUACAGAAAGGAUACACCAAAAAUGAGUUGCCUUAGGGCAGCACUACUUCCUCUCGAGAUUCACAAGAAGGUACAGGAACAUACAUGUUGAGAUUAUUUUACAAUUGAUAUCAGUAAUUUUGGACUAGUUUGACGGGAAAUAUCUACCGAAUAUUUUCUUUAAAAAAAGCUUAAACAAGUUUAUCGGUUUAAUUUAAAACAAACUGAACAGUCAAAUUAUGAAAGGAUGGAUGAUGGAUUAGCUCUUGGUCACGACAGACUUGAAACUCGAGAGAUUCCCAUAGAUCAAGACUAGGAUUACUAAAAUGUUAUUACCGGAAACUGAGAUGACAUUGAUGGGAUAUCUUUAAUAGAAAAUGGAAUCAGCAAUUUUUCAAUUUUUUUUGCUCAAUAAGUAAAAUGAUCAUGUUAGCUUUGAGGCUUUUACACUUUGGACUCCCUAUCAAAGUCACCUCAAUUUACGGUGCGUAUUGCAAAAAGAUUUUGUUAUGUAACAUAUUUUUUUUUGUAUUUUAUUACUAUUUGUUUUUCAGAGCCAACUUACAGCUUACACUAUGGGCAAUGAACCUCGUCAAUUGUAUGGUUCGGAUAGUACGCAAUAUUUACCAACUUUUGAUCUCCAAAGAAGACUUUUUAAUCGGUGAUAAAAAAAAUGCUGAAAUGCUGUGAUAAUUUGGUUGGAAAGUUGCUGUUUCAAACGCAAUGUUAAAAAAGUGAUACCGGAAAUGUGAUGAUUUAAAAAGGUCUCAGGUUAAGUUUACAGACAAAAAGUAGCCAUGUUUUUAAUAUUGUAUUGUUAUCAUAUUUUUAAGCAUGUUUAUCAAGUUAA